GAUGGAGAUGGAUCCGCUUCAGACACAGAUCCAGGCAGAGCUUCCUUUCUGUCGGUUGUGCUUUUCACAGGCCUGCGAUCUGUACGAACUGUUUCCGGGCGCAGGCAACGACAAUGAAUCUCUGUUAUUGAAAAUACUCGAGCUGGUUAACGUCGCUAUAAACUUCGAUGAGGACCUCAACUCGUACAUAUGCGGCAAAUGCGUGACAAUGGUUGAAGACUUCUUCGAGUACAAGGAGAAGGUGAAGGAGAACGAUCUGCUGCUGCGCGAGAAGCGCAAAUCAGUCGAUCAUGCGACGGCAAUCUACAACGUCGUUAGUAUGCAACCAGACGCUACUAACAGUAGCGCCUCGAACGGUGCAACGGGCGCGGGCAGUGGUUCCGAGCUUGGAGCGGGUGGAAUCGAUGAACCACACGUCGGACUUGAUCAGCGCAUCUCGAUCGACGGUGGUCCACCGCUGAACGGUAACAUAAUAGAGUUUAAAAAGCAAUUGUUUACCGCCUCCCCGUCCCAGAUCGGUAUCUGGCUUUGUGUGGCAUCCGGCAGCGACAUCCAGUGUCCGGCGGCGAUCGAGGUGGACGAUAACAUUCAGGUGGUGGCGGAGAUUGGACAGCACAACCAUGGGCUGCCCGUAUCGGUGCCGGAAAAUCCUCCUGAAACGCCACCGACCAAACAGCAGCAUCAGCAGCAGCAACAGCCCCCGCACCAACAGCCGCAGCCAGCCCACCACCAUCAGCAGACACAUAAUCAACCGGCGGUACAAGAGCAUCACGCACACGAGGAAGACACGAUCGUGGUAACAACCGACGGUACACCGGCAAUCCUAUCGACCACCGCCGGUACACCGGUAGUGGCUAACAGUGGUGCAGCACGUGCUGCCGGUGCGGGCAAUAAAGCAUCCUCCACCUCGACGUCCUCGGCGAAAAAGAAAAAGCCACGCGAUCAACCAUCGAAGCGCAAGGUCUCAAACGACAUACUGGUCGGUGAUGGGUGGCUAACCGACGUCACGACGUACAAGCGCAACCACUACCAGCUGGUCACGAAAGAUGGCUACCAAACGUUUCUCAUCUACAAUGGCUACCGGUUCCGGACGCAGCAAAAGAUUCGCAACGGUAUUGCGGCGUGGAAGUGUGCGUGGAACGGGCGUAAGGGUUGUCAGGCCAUACUGCACAUCACGGAGGAUUAUCAGAAGGUGCGAGAGGUCGGAUCACCGCACAACCAUGAACCGUCGUUGCGCGAUCGGAUCAUCUCGAACAAACCGACCAACGGCAAUACGUCCGACCAGAGCCUGAUCAUGCAGUCGGACAGCGAGGAACUGAGUGAGAUGCACAAAAUUACCGCCACAGCAGCAAGCGUUGGAUCGACGAGCAGCGGUGCCGGCACGCUGACCGGUGAAACGAUAACGCUUGGCGGUGGUGCAACCGUGGUCGCCAUCACCACAACCGGGGCGAACGCUUCCGUUAACAGUAGCACCUCGACAACGGCCGCGGCCGCCGCCACGUUAGACCUUACCUCCGAGAUGGAUUUCGUGCAGCAGAGCAGUAACAGUGGAAGCGAGCUGAUCACCACCACGACCACGACCAGCACUUCCGGUGGAUCGUCCACCACGUCGGCAGAUCAGCCGGGCACGACGACGGGGCACCAUCAGCCGCACCAUCAUCAUCAUCACCAUCACCAUCCGCAUCAUGAGGUGGUGGGCGUUGUGGACGAAGUCGUCGGCAAAGACGAUACGACCAUGUCGAUGGACAUUGAGGAAAUCAUACGCCCCCACGUGGUACUGCAUCCCGCCAGCGAGUAA